AUGACAUCCGUCGUACCAAAGAUCAUGGAUGAGGGAGCUCAGGAGAGCAAGGGUGAGUUGGCUAGACUUCAAUCAAUUGUAGGAGCAAUAGCAAUAGGGGAUCUUUUGAAGACUACUUUUGGUCCAAAAGGGAUGGACAAGAUAUUACAACCAAUUAAGGAAGGCCCAAUUGAUUCAACUCCUAUAGUGACUAAUGAUGGUGCUACCAUCUUAAAGUCAAUUUCAAUAGAUAAUCCAGCUGCUAAGAUAUUGGUUGACAUUAGUAAACAGCAAGAUAAUAGAUGUGGAGAUGGCACAACAGGGGUUGUUAUCUUGGCUUCUGAGCUACUUAAGCAGGCUGAAAGAUUGUUAGAUCAGAAGAUCCAUCCUCAAGUUAUUAUUUCUGGAUAUAGGAUGGCCUUGGAGGAGGCUAGAAAAGCUCUAAAGUCUAAUUCUUUUAAUAACAGUGACAAUCGCGAAAUCUUUGAGGCUGAUUUAUUAAAUAUAGCAAGAACUACUUUGAGUUCAAAGUUACUCACAGUUGAAAAAGAUCACUUUGCUAAUCUGGCUUUAAAAGCUAUUCUUAGACUUGGAGAGAAUAUGAACUUGGAGUACAUUCAAAUAAUUAAAAAAGUUGGAGGCUCGCUUCAAGACUCUUUCUUAGAAGAGGGAUUCAUACUUGAGAAGAAAAUUGGAGUUGGUCAACCAAAGGUUAUGAGAAACUGUAAAGUCCUAGUAGCAAAUACACCAAUGGACACAGACAAAGUUAAGAUCUAUGGUGCUAGAGUUACUGUCGAUAGUAUGAAUGCCGUUCAGGAGAUUGAAUUGGCAGAGAAGAAGAAGAUGUACAACAAAGUACAGAAAAUCCUUAAACAUGGAUGCAAUAUAUUUAUUAACAGGCAACUAAUUUAUAACUACCCUGACCAGUUAUUUAAAGAGGCAGGGAUUGUAGCUAUAGAACACGCAGAUUUUGAAGGAGUUGAGAGACUAGGAGCAGUAUUAGGAGCAGAUAUUGUAAGUACAUUUGAUAACCCAGAAAAUACCGUUCUUGGGACUUGUGAUCUCAUGGACACCAUUAUGAUUGGAGAAGAUGAAUUCAUUCGCUUUUCUGGGUGUAAAAAGAACCAGGCAUGCACAAUUGUAUUGAGAGGAGCAUCUUCCCAUAUUCUUGAUGAGGCUGAGAGGAGUCUCCAUGAUGCCUUGGCAGUUCUUUUCAAGACAGUUAGUGACGGAAGAGUAGUUUAUGGAGGUGGAUGCAGUGAGAUGUUAAUGAGUGUCUCAGUUGAUGAACUUUCAAAGAGAGUUGAAGGCAAGAAGAGCCUUGCAAUUGAGGCAUUUGCUAAUGCUUUGAGACAAAUUCCCACAAUUCUCUUAGACAAUGGAGGUUAUGAUAGUGCUGAGAUAGUUACUAAGCUUAGAGCUCUUCAUUAUAAGGGUAGCAACGUCUGUGGAAUUGAUUUUAAGACUGGCCAACCUGGAGAUAUGAAGGAGCUCGGUAUUCUCGAGUCUUUUGAAUCAAAACUCUCACAGAUAUGCUCCGCUACCGAGGCAGCUGAGAUGAUUUUGAGAGUCGACGAAAUUAUACGUUGUGCUCCUAGACAAAGACAGGGAGUUUAA